AUGGAGGCAAUCAUCUCUGCAGUAGUGGGUGAACUUGUCACUAGAUACAUCUCCUUCUUGAUUAACAGAUACAUAAGGCCAGCAUCGUCAAAGGAGGAGAGCAGGCAGAGAUUACAGUGGAUGCUUAUGCGGAUUCAGGUCACUGUCAAGGAGGCAGAGGGGAGGCACAUCACAAACCAGGCAAUGCUUCAGCAACUUAACAUGAUAAGAGAAGUGAUGUACCAAGGCUACUACAUGCUAGACACUUCAGUACAGCAUCAAGCCCAGGAAGAGGCCUACGAACAUGGUGCGAGCCGCUCCUUAUCUCGGUCUAAAUUCAAUCCUACUAAACGUAUUUGUUUCUCUUCUCGAAGUAAAAACAAUGACUUGAAAGAGAUAGAGGAUAUGCUUGCAUGUGUGGAGACCACCAUCACUGGUAUGAAUGAGUUUGUUGUUUUCUUGAAAAAUUACCCUCCCAUGUUCCGCCAGCCAUAUAGCACAUAUCUGUUUAUUGGAAACUGCAUGUUUGGUCGCCAAGUGGAGUUUGAACAUGUCAUUAACUUCUUGCUGUAUGAAGAACAUCCUGUUGAUGGAAAUAUUGGUGUCCUACCAAUUGUUGGUCCAAGAAAAGUUGGAAAGACUACACUUAUUGAGCAUGUUUGCCGUGAUGAAAGGGUUCAUAACCACGCGGAGAGCAUCGGGGUUGCUCGUGAGAGCCACCUGAACUUGCAAUCGCGCUUCCUUGACACCACGAACACUGGGAUCACGCUGCAGAUCGAUAUCAGGUCUAAAAUUGCCCAUGAGUUUACAGUGUUCCUUUUGGUUGAUUCGAUGCUUCUAGACUUCUAG